AUGGGUUCUACUGCUACUGACCGAUUACUUUCUGCCGCUAUGAGCGGGGACAGUCAAACAGUGACAAAAUGCAUCAACGAAGGUGCAAACAUCAAUGCCAGAGAUAUAGCAUUGCUGUUCGCCAGAUCACCACUGCACUAUGCUGCUGGAAGUGGGUAUGACGUCAUAUGUGAUUUACUUUUACAAGCCGGCGCAGACGUCAAUGCCGUCGAUAAGAACGGGAGAAGUCCAUUACAUUACACUGCUAAGAGCGGCCAUAUCAAUAUAUGCAAAGCACUGAUCCGUACACCACGUACAUUGCUGGAGCUAACUGAUCAGUUUGGUGAUACGCCGUUGCAGACGGCUGCCGCAUGGGGCAACAAACAUAUCUGCGAUGCACUCAUAGGGGUCGGUGCAAGCGUGACAUCGAAAAACAAGGUGUGGUAG